AUGAUUGUUAAUAAUAAACAAGCAACCAACGGAACUUCCAACUCUAGUGACGCGUGGACUCCUUCAAGUUGGCAAACAAAAAAAAUCAAACAAAAUGUUUCUUACGAAGAUCAAGAACAUUUACAAAAAGUUAUUAAAAACUUGGAUCAUGUCCCUCCUUUAGUAACACCUGCAGAAAUUAACAAGCUUCGUUACCAACUAAAACAAGUUGCACUUAGUAAGGCUUUUUUAUUACAAGGUGGCGAUUGUGCAGAACUUUUUGAAUAUUGUUCACAGGAACCAAUUGAAUCAAAACUCAAAGUACUUCUUCAAAUGAGUUUAGUACUUACAUGGGGAGCUAGAAUUCCAGUAGUUAGAAUGGCUAGAAU